AUGGCGUGGAGUAUCGGCCUCCUCAUCUACGUGGUCGUGCAGUUCGUCGCCUUUUUAUUGGUGCUGGUGGCCACGCCAAUCGACAUGUAUUGGUUUAGAAUAGGUAGUGUUCGUUCAUUCUUUCCCAAUCACUGCAUCACUUUAUGGGGUGUUAAGGUUGUGUGCAGCAACCUCGCAUACGAGAGCUCAUCGGACGCGGAGUGGGCUCUAUGCCCCACACGUCGCGACCGUUUCCGCGCUGCCCAGGCGUUCGCUGUGAUCUCCAUCUUCGUGUACCUUGCGGCGUUCCUCCUGGGCGUCAUUAUGCUCUUCUGCUGCCGUCGGCUCCGCUGGGUCUGCCUGGCACUGAACAGCGUCGGUGCUGUCACCCUGUGGAUUGUCUGGGCCUGCAUGGCGGUGGCAUACCACAAGAAUGAGGGCCCUGAUUGCGAGCCGAUAAAGGAAUUCUACACGUAUGGCGCUGGUUUCGUUCUCCUCGUACUCGUCUGGCUGCUGGAUAUCCUCAACAUCCCCGUCUUGCUGUUCCUGUGCCAGGACAGCGGCUCAGGUGAGAAUGGAAAAGAGACGGAGAACAAGAGUCAGAAGUGA